UUCAACUAAGUUCGUACCUCCUUAACAUCCUCAUCAUAUCCUGAAGCCAUUAGUAUAUAUUCCAAUCAAAAGAGAAGAGUAUGUACAAAGAAUUCGAGGAUAACUCAAACAAAAACCGUGGGAAAAGGGGUAACGGGAUUACAAGCUACCCAUCCUAUGUCAAAACAUUUUUUCUAAACCCCCCUUUGUUCAAUAUAUCAAUUGUAAAUAAUAGACAUCAGAUGUUUUUGGGGUUGGCAUUUUGUCUUCACUUCACCAAUUAUGUCAAAAGCCCAUUCCCUUCUUUUUAACCUAUUAUUCCUCCAUUUCCUAUCCCUUUCAAACUCUCAACCUCCUAUCUUAAAUGCCAUCUCCCUACUCCCUCUUCAACUAGCCUAGGCCUUCCAUUUUUCUCGCUUGACAACCGUUGCGCCAUCGAAUGUGGAACCCUAGCCAAGCUCACCAAGACGAAGAUGACGAUUCAUGGGAGAUUAGGGCUUUUGCAGAAGACACCGAAAACGUUAUGGGCACAACUUGGCCUCCUAGAUUUUACAAUUGCACAUUCUGCGGACGAGAAUUUAGAUCUGCCCAAGCCCUAGGUGGUCACAUGAACGUCCACCGUCGCGACCGCGUACGUUUGCACCACCAUCCUCAUUCCAACUCAAUUCAACCCAUCUCAUCAUCCUUCACCAUCCCUGCCCCUAAACUCGUUUACAACGAAAGUGACGGGGUUUGUUUCUUAUACCAAUUACCAAAAAACAGCAUCGAUUUCCUCAACUCCAUCACUUCAUCAAGUGCAUGUCUCCAGUCGCCUUCCGCUACACAAUAUCCUUCGAACAUCCCAACCACAUCAUCCUUGCAAUCCGUAAAGUCUCCAGGGGAGCUCCGAGGCGGAACAUCAAGCUCCUCAUCUCACUGCAGCCACAUGUCUGGCAAAGGAGAUGACUCAAUAAUAUCAAUUGAUGAUGGAAAUGAGAAGCUUGAUCUCGAGCUGAGACUUGGUCAUAGGACAUCUCCAGCUUGAAAAUCAAAGGAAGAGAGAGAUUGUUCAUGAAGAGGAAAUAGUAAAAAUUAGCCCCAUUAAAGUUUUUAUCAUGAAGAAGUAAUGGUAAGAACUAAGAAGAGAGGUGAGAGGAGGGACGGAGUAAAAUUAGGGUUUUGAGGGAAGGACAAGGAAAAGCUAUCAAAACAGUGUAAUGUCAUUUUCAUAUUCAUAGAUUUCUGAGUAAUGAAAGCUUUGUUUGUGGGCAUUUAUCUCCGUGGGGAUUGUUCCAUUAUGACAAACAAAUCAAUUUUCAGUCAUCUUCUUUGUACAAA